AUGACAGCGGACUAUGCAAAUUCGGUUUACACUACAAACAAAUACAUCAAAGAGGUUUUUGAUAGAGAUCCUACUAUAUUGAAGACUGCAAUUUCAAAUAUUAUUGAUGGAGAUAAAACGUUCGAGACACUUAAUGUGAUGUUAGCUAUACCGGACAAAGCAAAUUACUGGUUUUCAAUUGAACAUGAUGACUCAUUUAUUAACAACUUACCAGAACAUAUUGCCAUAGCUGAUCAGGAGGCAGUGCAACAAGCAAUAUCCCAAGUUACAGAUAUCCCUGUGCCUCAACUUGGCCCGAACGAAAAUUUUGAGAAUGAUUCAUUAGCACAGCUUGGAGAAGCCAGAAGACGUAUAACAGGAGAAGUUACAAAAAAUGUACUUAUCGAAGCAAUAAAUGAAGGAACACCAGAAUUUCCCAACCUUGACGAAAUAUGCAUUCUAAUAGGUUUGCUUCGAAGUAUGGAACGCCCAGAUACGUACAUAAAAACCGCUAGUGUUGAUCCAGCCGGCUACGAAUGUAUAUUAACUUCACAAAAUGGCAAUACAUUCCAAUACAGAGCUCAUCACGGCUAUAUUGCUGCUGUAAGACCAGUAGGUGGUAAUCGUGUUGGAUAUGUGGAUGUUUUGAGUGAGCUACUCAGCCCUUGGUUUUAUUUCUAUAGUUAUCGUUCAACAAACCAUCAUUCGUAGCUAUUUUAUAAAAAG